AUGUCUGAUCCGUAUCGGCUCGAAUGUGGAGUCAGGCAAGGGGGGUUAACAUCUCCAACACUUUUUAACCUCUACAUGGAUGACCUGAUCGUCGCGCUCAGCAGGCAGCAUGUCGGCUGUCAUGUUGAUGGAGUAUGCGUAAAUAAUAUAAAUUAUGCGGACGACAUGGUACUGCUGAGUGCGUCAAUCAGUGGAAUGAGACAGCUAGUACAGACAUGUGAGGAUUACGCGUGUUAUCAUGGCUUAAAAUAUAACGUUUUAAAAAGCAAAUGCAUGGUCUUUGGGGCUAUCGGAACAAAAUGCCCCCCGAAUAGCUCACACAUGCUUCUCUCUGGUGUACCCUUAAAAAUGGUGGAUCAGUUUAAGUAUCUAGGGCAUAUAGUUACUACUUGUCUCAAGGAUGAUGCAGACAUUGAGAGGGAGCGGAGGGCACUGUCAGUUAGAGCGAACAUGUUAGCUCGAAGGUUUGCUCGUUGCUCAGCCCAAGUAAAGAUAACACUUUUUAGAGCAUAUUGUACCUCGUUUUAUACGUGUAGCUUAUGGGCUGACUACACAAAGAAAAGAUACAGUGACCUCCGUGUCCUCUACAAUAAUGCAUUCAGGAUACUGUUGGGGCUGCCCCGAUGCUGCAGCGCCUCAGGCAUGUUUGCAGACGCAAGAACCGACUGCUUCCACACCACCAUGCGUAAGCGAUGCGCAUCUUUUGUGCGUAGAGUAAGGGGCAGCCAAAACAGUGUGCUGAAGAUGAUCGCGGAGCGUUUUGACUGCUUCUACCUCCGGCAUUGCUGCGAUAGACACCUUGCGAUACAAAUGCCGGAGCGAAAGCUUUAA